GAAAGAGCGAGAGCCCCGGGACGGCGCCUGCGCGGUGGGCGUGAUCCGGGCACUUAGGGCAGGAUGAACGCUGCUUUCCAAGAUGGCGACGGAGGGAGGAGGGAAGGAGAUGAACGAGAUUAAGACCCAAUUCACCACCCGGGAAGGUCUGUACAAGCUGCUGCCGCACUCGGAGUACAGCCGGCCCAACCGGGUGCCCUUCAAUUCGCAGGGCUCUAACCCUGUCCGCGUCUCCUUCGUAAACCUCAACGACCAGUCUGGCAACGGCGACCGCCUCUGCUUCAAUGUGGGCCGGGAGCUCUACUUCUAUAUCUACAAGGGGGUCCGCAAGGUGUCGUCAGGCCUCUGUAGGGAGGCCUCACUGAUUUGUGCUGUACCGCAGCCUCCCCAACAGUGUGUCCCCGGACUUCUGCAUUUGAUAUGAUAGGUGGUGCAUGCACACGAUUCAAAGUUCACGUGGCACGCAGUGAAAAGUCUCUCAUACCCUGUCCCUUCGCCACCUCGUCCCCAGUCUCAGAAGUAACCAGUGUUAAGUUCAUGUGUGUAUUUCCAGAGACAGCCUGUGGUUCCACAUGUAAAAUCACAGGCAUAUUCCUCCCUCCUUUAAAGAAAAAUGUAACUUUUAGCAUCUGUAGCUUUUGGUACCUUCUUUCUGUUUUGUUUGUUUUAUAAAAUGUAUUUUGGAGAUUAUUCUUUGUCAGCAUGUAAAGCUGUUUAUUUGUGAACAGCUGCACAGUAUCCCGUUGUAUGACUGUAUUGUAGUUCCUUCUUUGAUGAACACUGAAGUUGUUUCCAGUCUUUAGCUGUUACAAACUGUGCUGCAGUAAAUAUUGAUAACGUUAUAUAUAUGUCAUUUGCCAUGUUGCUAGUAUUUGAGGAAUAAAUUCCUGUGAGUGGAAUUGCUGGAUCAAAGGAAUGAGUGUUUGUACUUUUUGCGGACGCAGCUUAUCUUCCACGGGUUAUGCCAGUUCAGGCCCCUGGCACAGGGCGCUGUUACUUGGCCGUUGCCGGCGUGACAGGUGAAAAGUGGUAUAAGUGUCAGCAUGUGUGUAAGUCGUUUGUAUUUUCUGUGAGUUGUCCAUGUCCUGUGCCCAUUUUUCUACUAGGAUUUUGGUCUUUCUUUUGUUAAAAGUUGACUUGUAGGAGCUUUCUUUUAUGUAAAAUUGGCCUUUAAUUUGUGAUCUCAGUUGCAAACAUUUGGUUCCAUCGGCCAGUUGUUUUCUGAUUUUGCUCAUGGUGGUUUUUCCUAGGUAAAAAUUUUAUCUUUUAUAGGAAAAACAUACUCAUCUUUUCCUUUCUGGUUAUGGGUUUGGGGUCAUACUUAGCCCUUAUAAUUUUAUUUUUUAAAAGCAUCAUGAUGUCUUCUUAUACUUCUGAGGUUUCAUUAUUUAUAUUUGCUAUCUCUUUGGUACUGCUCAAGUUUUUUCUGGAAUAAGAUAUGAGAUGGAGUUUCAACCCCUUUUAUUUAUUUUAAAAUCUUAGAAUUUUUAGAACUUCUUAUAUCUUACUUGAGAAAAAUCUGUCAGCAGUUUUCUGCUGAACUCUAAAUGGAUCAUGUGUAAUUUUUCAUUAUAAGUUGUAGUUAUUAUUUUUAGCCAUACCACGCAACCUGGUUCCCUUACCAGGGAUUGAACCCGGGCCCUCAGCUGUGAAAGCACGGAGUCCCAAUUGCUGGACCUCCAGGGAAUUCCCAAGUUGUAGUUAUCUUUGUCUUACUAAUGUGGACCUAAAACAAUGAUUGAGAUUCAGUCUAUUGGUGAGCAUUGUUUUGAGAUAAAUUUUGUAGAAUUUUCAAUUGGUAAGUAAAGAUUAAGAUUAGUAAUAAUAGAUGUAAUGAUAGCUAAUUAAUAUUAUGUACUACACCUUAGGAACAUGUUUAGUAAAUGACUUAAAACUAAAGAAAUAAGAGAUUUUAUCCCCUCAUUUGAGUGAAUCAUGUUUGAGGUCUCUUCGUUCUCUUGAUUAAUGCCCGGCUCUGCCAAGUUAAUAAAUAAGAGUUUACUGGGGCUUGAUUCUUGUAUCUCGUAGACUGCCUUUAUGGACUGUCAUCGUGCAGAAUGACAGUCCUGAAGAUCCUGGCUGUAGUGCCAGAGGAGGCUUUGGGAUUACCCGCACGGGCUCAGUGAUGGCCUUCGGACUUUUGCUGUCUUCUGUUUGCUACUUAGCCUGGCCUGUUGUUGCGUCUCUGCGGGCAGGUGGCAUUUUCACCAUGUGGUUAACUUUCUCAAAUUUUGUAAUGGCUCGCUUUACUAAACUGUCAAAAAAUCCAAGCUGGGCCUAGUAAAAAAGUUAGCCUGCCCAUGGCCUCUUCAAACUCUUUUGCUUGGUUCUCACAGUGAGACACGUAACCGGCCAAGCUGGCCCCUUGUUGCCCCGCGCACCCUUGUUUGGUCUGUUGCCGUCUCCAUCUUUGCUCAGGUGCCCUCCCACACCUUUCUGCUCAGCCAUGCCAUUGCCUAAAUGUUCGACUUCUCACAAUCUCCAAAACUGUUGGGUUCCUGUUCCCUCCCUCCUCCCUUACAUAGAGGUUCUCCUGGAUGUGGUCCUCAAGCAGCAGCAGCAACUCCUCAGAACUGGUGAAAAUGUAGGUUUCCAAGCCCCCAUCUUGACCAGCUGAAACAGGAACUCCAGGGGUGUGGCCCAGCAUGGUGUUCAGCUCACUGGGUUUUAUCUGCCUGCUCUUCUGUCCAUGGAAUUCUCCAGGCCAGGGUACUGAAGUGGGUAGCCAUUCCCUUCUCCAGGGGAUCUUCCCAACCCAGGUCUCCUGCAUGGCAGGCAGAUUCUUGACCAUCUGAGCCACCAGGGAAGCCCCCAAUACUCAUGUGCUGAAGUUUGAGAACCACUGCUUUAUGGGAUCUAAUUCAGAGCUCUCCUCGUAGUAAACAGUCCCUAAACGCUUAUUGGCCAUUUAAUUUAUGGAUUAUAUUAAUAGCCAUUGAUUAAUGUGUCUGUCAUCUACUCAGUGCUGGGCACUAAACGAGGUGCUUUCACACACAUUGUCUCAUUCUCACAAACACUUUGCAUAGUAGGGAGUGGUGUUUCCCACUUGGUGUGUAGAUGAGGAUGGGGAGGCUCGGAGGAAGCAGUAACUUGCCAGGGCGGCGCAUGGCUGUGAGAGGCAGCGGGAGGCCUCAGUGGGCCCGUCAGAUGCUACGCCGAUCCCAGGGUCCUUCCUGGCGCGUGACACUGCCUUUCGGAUGAACCUUGUUCCCAAAGAGUGCCUGCGAGUCCGUGGCUGUCCUGCGGUCAUAUAGCAAGUGGCUGUAGUCCCCACCUUUCUGGACCUCCCCCUCACAUUCUUAACCCCAUCUACUAAGUGACAACCUUCCAGCUUUUUUUUUUUUAAGGUAGAAACAGACUGUUUUCUUAAUACUCAUUUACUUACCGUAUAUCAGAGAGUUGGGAGGUAAAGGAGACGUUGAGAUCAUAGUCUGGCCUCUGCAUAUUUGCAUAUCUAGCCAUUACAUUAUGUGUGCUGUUUUUCUCUCAGAAAUCAACUUGUUUUUUGUUGCAGUAUAAACUGGUAUAUGUCACAACUCUGGCCCCUGCACUUGCGUUAUUUUUACAACUUAAAAAAAUCAUGCUACAUCGAAUUUAGAAAAAUUUUAAUUGGUCAGAAAAAGUAUUUUUGCUGGCUUUGCCUCAGUCCAGCUGUGCUAGGAAAGUGACGUGAACAAGUGUUAGAUUGCAGGCUGCUGUGACCCCGGGGGACAGCUGCUGUCUCGGGGGAGGGCGCGUUCUUUAGGUCGUCUUCGCUCCCCCUUCCCUCUUAGACCGCCCGUCCCUCUCCCUCUCAAACCCCUGCCCCUCCACGCACGUUUUGGGACAGGCAGUUAAAUAGGAAAAUCCGUUUAUUUUUAAAAUUUUUACACAGAAUUAAGUGCUUAUUUCUUACUCGCACUAUGUAAGUGCUUACUCUCACUAUAGUUCUUGGUUUGAAUGCAUUUAACAAAUGUGAAUUGAUGUUAUUUAUUUAAUAAUGAUAAUAGCUAAUACUUAGGUAGCUCUUUCUGUGGGCACUACUCCAGUCACUUUACAUACUUUAACUCCUUAAUCCCCCAGCGCUGUGUUCUCUGUGACAUGUCACUUUGCAUUUUUGAAAUGGUUCCCUAUUUAGCAUUUGUGUUUUCCUGUUAGGACCUGUGUGGAGGAUGGAAUUGAUGUGUGAAUUUCCAUAGAUUCCGUUCAGUCCAGUCACUCAAUUGUGUCUGACUCUUUGCCACCCCGUGAACCACAGCACACCAGGCCUCCCUGUCCAUCACCAACUCCCAGAGUCCACCCAAACCCAUGUCCAUUGAGUCGGUGAUG